AUGCUGCUCGGUGUUGCGAUGGCCAUUUUGGUUCUGGCCAUAGUUUUUGGUAACAUCCUGGUGAUUACGGCCAUCCUGCGGUUCCAGCGGCUUCAGACUGUCACCAACCUCUUCAUCGCCUCUCUGGCCGUCGCUGACCUCAUCAUGGGCUUGGUUGUGGUGCCCUUUGGUUCCAGUCACAUCCUUUCGGACUGCUGGCACUUUGGAAACGUCAUGUGUGAGUUUUGGACAGCGACGGACGUGCUGUGCGUAACAGCCAGUAUCGAAACACUGUGUGUGAUCGCUCUGGACCGCUACGUCGCCAUCACCUCACCACUACGUUACCAAAUGCUGAUCACCAGGGGUCGGGCCUUGGCGGCGAUCCUCGGGGUGUGGGUAGUGGCCUCCCUCAUCUCCUUCCUGCCUAUCCAUCUGGAGUGGUGGGUGUCAAAGGAUGAGAAGGCUAAGGAGUGCUUAAAGGAUGAUUCCUGCUGCGACUUCAACACCAACGCGCCAUACGCUGUGUCUUCCUCAAUUGUGUCGUUCUACCUGCCACUGGUUGUGAUGCUUUUCGUGUACGCCCGGGUGUUCCAGGAGGCCCGGAAACAGCUGGAGAAGAUCAGGGGGAGGGAGAGGCAAUUCUACAACUUGCAUUACACCGCACAACUGUAUCCCGACGACAGUCCCGCAAUGAACAAACUCAGGGUGGGAACUGAGGCGGGGGAACAAGCAGGAGAGGACAGCCCAAACAUGCAGAAACCAGAAAAAGUUGAAACAAAGCACUCUGCCACAAAGCGUCUAAAGUUCUGUCUUAAGGAGCACAAGGCCGUAAAAACUCUGGGAAUCAUCAUGGGAACAUUCACUCUGUGUUGGCUACCCUUUUUCAUCCUCAACAUCCUCAUGACCUUCCUCGACUUGGACGACAUUAAGCUGCCCUUCAAACUCCUCAACUGGCUUGGAUACUCCAACUCAGCCUUCAACCCGCUCAUCUACUGCCGAAGCCCGGACUUCCGAUACGCCUUUCAGGAAAUACUCUGUUUGAGGGGCAAGUGGGGAGGCAGGGGAGGGAGGAGAAGAUGGGGAUGGAGCAGAGAUAGAGAUUGCUUCUCGAAGGCCCCGGGUAGGACGAACGGGGAUUCAGACCUGAAUGGUGCUGGAGGGCUGGACGUGCCCCAGAGGUCAGGAUGGGAGGGCAGUCUGGAGAGCUCUGAAAGAGACAGCCCACUCACUCUGCCUCCUGUGACGUCUUCCUGCCAGCAGGUUUUAGAAGUCGCUCCAGGUUCCCUGACAAACCAACAGGCUAACGGCUCUGCUAACGGGAGCUGUAAGGAAAGCCCGGCUUCUAUCGCUUGA